AUGGACCCGACACAGAUCAUCAAACAAGCAAAUGAAAGGAUUCGAGGGCUCGAAGAGACGACAAAGAUUCAAGAACAGCGAAUCAAAGAACUUGAGGUCGACACGAAAAGACUUGAAUCCAAUCUUCACCGAGCCCAAGAAACCGAACGGUCACUUUCUUGGGAGCGCAGCAAGAUAAUCGUACAGCGGGAUGACUUGGCAGUGCAGCUCGAUCUGGCAGUCAAGCAGUGGACAGAGAAAGACUGCCACAUCCAAGGCCUUGAACAACAGAUGUCUUACCUACAGCGGUCUAUCUCCUACAUGCAAGCUCAAUCGAGUGAUGGCGCUAAUGCCCAAAACGCGAUCCGCCAGCUGGUGAGCCAGCUCGAGAAAGCAAAGCUUAUAGAGCAUCCGCUUCAAGCUGAUGCCAGAUGGAGUGAAGAGGACCUGGACUCGCUUAUGAAAAAUAUUCAAGGCAUGGAGGACAAAAGCCAAGCCGAUCAGGCCCAGCUCAAAAACGCGAAAGAGAAACAGGCAAAAGCAGAGCUACAGCUCGUCACCGAGCGCACGCAGUCCCAGAAAAGAGUCGACAAAAUCGAGGAAGCCGAGGCAAUGCUCGAAGAAAAGGAGGCACUGGAGCAAGAGCUGCAGCAAAGAAUAAAAUCUGAAGAUGACCUGCGGAAGCAACUGGAGGAUUCAGCCGAUCAGUUGGAAAUUUCCAGUAGCUAUUGGCGUUCUCAAGACCGGGAGCUACAGAAGAGACUCGACAGCGUGAUUCAAGAGGUCAAAAAGCACCGCCAAGGAGUAUAUGUGGAGCAGCUGAAGGACCAGCUCCAAGAGAGCAAUCAGAACAUCGGUUACAUCAAGAGACAUCGGGCCUGGCUAACAGAAACACUACACGAGCGAGAUGCGACAAUUGAAGAACUAGAAUCGACAAUUGCAGACUUCGAAGCGAGCGAGGGGAAGUACGAGGAGCACGUCCAGUUACUGCAGCAGCGAAUCAAGGCAACCCGUCAUAUCGACCUUGCUGAGCUCAGAAAGGGCAGCCUCGACCGCGUCCUGACUCUGUUCGACGAGGUUUCAGGCAUGCUAAGCGCUAUCGACUCAGAAGACCAAUCGCAUCUCGAUGACGCGAUCGAGUCUAUUCAAAGCUUUUUGCAGGGAGCUAUGGUCGAGGCAAGAUCGAUUUUGGAGCGCGCAGGGAGCAUUGCAACAAGACUGUGCUCGCACGCUGAAAAGAUGACGCUCAUCGUGAGCAAGGUCAAAUCGCAACAAGAAAUUAAAGCUGCUUUGGCAGGGCUCGAAAUAUCGAAGGAAGUAUUCCAAAGGAUGGUGGACCAAAUAUUUCCAGCAGGCGCAGGGGCUGUGGGAUCAGAGGAGACGCGCUAA